AUGACGGAGGACCCUAAACGGAAGGCAGAGGAGGACCUCGAGUCUGAUUCCAAGAAACUGAAAGUUGAGGACUCAGAGGAGAACGGUAUUCCUAAAGAAGAUCCCGAAACAAAAACCGCCGCCAACCAGGAGAGUGAACAGGAAACGGCAGACGAUGACGACAAAAAACGGCUGGUUCCAUUCGAAUUCGACGGCCAUACGUACACUUACAAAGAGAAGGCCGGUGUGAUUGAGGAAAGGGAGGGGAAAAUCGAACUCCGAGUCGUUAAUAAUGACAACUCCAGAGACAACAUGAUUAUACUCACUGGACUGAAGAACGUGUUCCAGAAACAGCUUCCAGAGAUGCCCAAGGCGUACAUUGCGAGACUUGUUUACGACCGAUCCCACGUUUCGAUUGCCGUGAUACGGAAACCGUUACAUGUUGUCGGAGGGGUUACAUACCGUCCUUUUGAGAACCACGAGUUUGCAGAGAUUGUCUUCUGUGCCAUCUCGUCUACCGAACAGGUUCGAGGCUAUGGUGCCCACAUGAUGAACCACUUAAAGGAUUAUGUCACAUCAACCACUAAGAUUCGGUAUUUUCUAACAUACGCCGAUAACUAUGCUAUAGGAUACUUCAAGAAACAGGGAUUCACCAAAGAGAUCACGCUACCGAAGAAAGUGUGGAUGGGAUACAUCAAGGACUACGAGGGAGGUACAUUGAUGCAAUGCUCACUGCUUCCGCGGAUACGAUAUUUGGAUAGUGCAAAGAUCCUGAUGUUACAAAAAGCUGCGAUUCUUUCCAAGAUCCGGACGAUCAGUCAAUCUCACGUGGUUAGACCGGGUCUGAAACAUUUCUCCAAGCCCAACGCGAAACCUCUGGAUCCACUAACAAUUCCAGGAGUCAAGGAAGCCGGAUGGACCGUCGAAAUGGAUGAAUUGGCACAGAAACCAAAGCGAGGCCCACAUCACGUGGUGAUGCUCACGUUACUCACAGAGAUGCAAAACCAUCCGUCCAACUGGCCGUUUCUGCAGCCUGUUAAUAGAGAGGAAGUUCCAGAUUACUACGAGGUGAUCAAGGAACCGAUGGAUCUCAGUACGAUGGAAGUGAAGCUGGAGAAUGACGCGUACGAGACUUUUGAUGAUUUUAUCUACGACUGCAAACUGAUCUUCAACAAUUGCAGACAGUAUAAUGGCGAAAACACCACUUUCUACAAGAACGCCAACAAGCUGGAAAAAGCCAUCAUCGCCAAAUUGAAAGACUUCCCUGAAUAUUCGCAACAUAUCGACAUGUUACAAGGCUAG